GGCCUGGGCCUCGGCCUGGGCCUGGGCCUGGACGGGCAGCGCCAGAGAAGGAGAGUUGCCUCCCAGCGCUGCUCCCUUGAGUUUCUGGAAGAUGCAGUGGGAUGUGCCUCCGUCCAAAGAACCAAACACAUAUCUGGGUCCCCCAGACACAAAGGCCUGAAGAAGACUCACUUCAUCAAGAACAUGAGGCAGUAUGACACCAGGAAUAGCAGGAUUGUCCUGAUCUGUGCCAAGCGGUCCCUGUGUGCAGCCUUCUCGGUCCUGCCCUAUGGAGAAGGCCUGCGGGUCAGUGACCUGAGGGUGGACAGCCAGAAGCAGAGGCAUCCGUCUGGCGGCGUUUCCGUUCCUUCUGAGAUGGUCUUUGAGCUGGAAGGUGUUGAGCUGGGAGCAGAUGGAAAGGUUGUGUCUUAUGCCAAGUUCCUGUACCCCACCAAUGCCCUGGUCACACACAAGACUGAUGGCCAUGGCCUGCUGCCCCAGUCCCGGCCCAGCGUCCCCCGGGCUCUGCCGGGGUCAAGAUACAAACCUGCCCCUGCCAAGGCAGCAGCAGCCGGCCCGGAACUAGGGGCCGACGUGGGGGAUGCUCUGGAGUACAACCCCAACCUCCUGGACGACCCGCAGUGGCCCUGCGGCAAGCACAAGCGGGUCCUCAUCUUCGCGUCGUACAUGACCACGGUGAUAGAGUACGUGAAGCCCUCUGACCUCAAGAAGGACAUGAAUGAGACCUUCCGGGAGAAGUUCCCGCACAUCAAGCUGACGCUGAGCAAAAUUAGGAGAUUCCUAAGCUUGACAAGUCCAGGUGCGCCCCCCAAGCCCACCCACUUCCUGCCAUGUGACCACUACCAGCAGCCAGCUCCCCCACCAUGGGUCAGGCCUCCACUUGUCAUGCCCACUGAGCCUCAUCACUGUGCUGAGGCAGCCCGUGAGGCGGGCACUGCAGGCAUCCUCUUCAAUAGUUUGAAACGGGAGAUGCGGAACCUCUCCGAGGAGUGCAGCCUGGAGCCUGUGACGGUGUCCAUGGCCUAUGUGUACUUUGAGAAGCUCGUCCUGCAGGGCAAGCUCAACAAGCAGAACCGCAAGCUGUGCGCGGGGGCGUGCGUGCUGCUCGCCGCCAAGAUCAGCAGCGACCUCCGCAAGAAUGAAGUGAAGCAGCUCAUCGACAAGUUAGAAGAAAGGUUUCGCUUCAACAGACGGGAUCUCAUUGGCUUCGAGUUCACGGUGCUCGUGGCCUUGGAGCUCGCUCUCUAUCUCCCGGAAAACCAGGUGUUACCUCACUACAGACGCCUCACGCAGCAGUUCUAGCCGCAGCGGUCGCCGCUCAGGGGAGGCGCUCCAAGCCACGGCGGCCCCGUGUGCGUUUGUGGGCCGGGGGGUAUCCCAGCCCCUGAAUGCGUGUCCCGGCCCCCUUGCUGCACCCGCCUAGUGAGGCUGCUGUGCAGCCCUCACACCCUCGCUCCCCUGGAGGGACCCUGCUUUCAUUCCAGAAGGCACCAUGCCGCCACGGUAUUCUGAGAACCUUCCUGCAUUUCAUGAAGCAGCUGUGGGGUUUUGUUCCUGUUUCUUCCUUCUCACGUGCCUGAGCCUGCUGUGGCCAGAGGACCUGUGACUUGAAAGCGUGGGGGUGAGCCCUGACUGGGCUCUCUCCUGGCAUCACCUGGUUUGUUCAGCCCUGCAGCCACUGCACUGGCGCCGCAGCGGGGACGGCUUCCAGAGCUCAGUGAACACACCGAGGCCACGGAAGUGGACGCACCGAAGGUUCACCUGGGCUGUUUCGGGUUUUGGAUGUGCAAACGCAGCGCUGUGGGGCGCACCCCGCCCCCAUGGCCUGGCUCCCUCCCAGCCCAGCAGAGCCCCUCCGGGUUUUCCACUCGACCCCACGUCCACAAGCAGAGCUCUGGCCUCAGGUUAAGCCAGCAAGGGCAGACUCAUGGUUGGUUUGAUGUCCAUUUUCACUCUCGGACCUCUGUUCUUCCAAGCAUCGCGUCACUGUGAAGUUCUGGUGCACGAGUGUCGCACCCCACCGGCCUCGGCCCAGACACAAGCCCACCCCUGGGGGCCCACGCUUGCCCGCUCACCAGGAAAACUCUGCUUGCCUGUGACACUAGACCUUCAGGAUGACCACUGGCUCUUGGCUCUUGAUCUUCCUGAGCAAGUGUGAUGGGGGAAAACAGUGUAUUCAUUGUUGUUUAGGAUUUGUUCCUGUGAGUUGUUUUUAUUUUGAAGGAACAAAAAUUGGCUGAACGGGGUCUGCUGAAGUUGUGACUUGAAACCACACGUGAUCCUCAAGCGGGGAGACCACUCCACAGCCCCGCCCCUCAAAGGGUCAGCGUUGAUGCCUUUUUCUUCCUGGCAGGAGGUAGCAGCUGUCCUGCCCUGCAGCCAGUCCCACUGAGCAGACCCCAAGGAGCAGUCAUGGUCUUUUUGUGCAGCUCUGUGCCCGGUGUCAGCAGGCCCCUUUUCACCUCUCCCAGGUCUGUGUCCAGUUCUCCACUUGCGGCCCCAGCAGCAGCACUGGAGAACAGAGGACUGUUUUUUCCUUCCUGGGUCAGCUGGUCUCAAAAGUGACCAUGUUGGCUGGCCAUUAAGCUGCUUCCCUACUGCUGUCCUUUAACCCAUCACUGGAGGGGCUGGGGACAGCCCCAGCCCGUAGUCUGUCCGUGUGGACUGGUGCUUUGCAGGAAGGCCAGUUUUGCCCGUCACAGCCGUCGACCACCAGCACUCAGCCUGGGCCCCCUGGAGGCGUGCCACCUGCAGGCCUGCUCCCCGCACCCGCGUGCUGCUCCUUCUCCCUUGUCCACUUGCCCAGGCUGCGGGAGACUGCAGGAUGGAGGUCGAAGCCCAAGUCCACAUUCCUACCUUAUUUAUUGCAGUGCCUCCCCGUCCUCUCCAAGAUGGCCCUGACCCCACCUGCCCGCCGCCCCCCCGCCGUGGGAGGGGGCUGGAAGCUGCUAGCCCCGGGCAGCUUGCCUCUGGGAAGCACCCUGUCCUGCCAGCCCAGCAUCCCAAGGAUACCCCCCAUCACAAGCCCUGUAAGGCACUGACUUCCAAAGUCUAUGUUCUGGUUUACAACUUAGCCUCGAAGGGCACAUCUCCGUGGGAAUUUCUAUAUACAGACGUUAGAAGAACGGCUGAUACAGUAAUUUAAGUUUGCAUAUUUAUGUGGUAAGAUUUAGCUGUUUACCAAACUCAUCUGUACCCUCCCCUCAGUGUGUCCUUUUUAACGCCAAGAGCUGCCACUGUGUGGUACUCAAAUCACUGCAGCAAAGCUAGUAUUUAAGGCAAACUUCAGCCUGACCCGGCAUCCUCUACAAGCCCAGAGCUCUGAGGUGUGUUCAAGGGUCUGGUGCCACUCCCUCAGCACCCAGUAGCUGUGGAUGUAAACGUGUGUUAAGCGACUAUCUGACCUUACCGUCCAGUCACGUGUCACCAAUGUGUUUGCAAAUGGUAACGGAUUUGUGCUUUGAAGUAAAAUGUGGUUUUGCAACA